AUGCAGGCUCAGGAGUGGCAGUGGGAGGAUGAGCGCUUCCCUUUCCAGACAACUGGAAGUGACUUCCGGCAAAGCGCUCUGCUGUAUCAGACAGAUGGCUGGGAGGGCUAUCAGGACGAUGAAGUUGAGGAACUCCUCACGCGUCCACGAGAGCCAAAGCCGUGGCACGUCCCAGAUGAGGACAUCCAGGCGAUGGUAUGCGAGACUGGGGCACGAGAGGGCGUAUCCCAGUCCCUGCUGCAACAUGCGCGGGUGCGGCGGCCAAGGGAUGAUGGAGAGGCCUUUGCUCAGCUCUUGGAAGCCUACGGCGCAGAGCCUGACCUCCCCGAUCCUGAGGAGGCGGAGCAGGAGCGACCGGAGCUGCGAUCUUCUCUGAGGAGGCGUUCCUCUGUGAACAAGAGCAGGUCUGUUCGGUUCGCGGACGCAGAGACUGAGGAUGCGCUGGAGAGGUUGCUGCGCAACGCCAAGGAGGCCGACGCUUUUUCACAGCUGCCGGGUGAGCAGUCGGAGGAGUCUGCAGGCUCCAAGAAGAAGUCCUGGAAGAUUUCGGACGAAGACUUCAGGGCCUUCGUGCUCUCCCUGGCCAGGGAGGAGCCGGCCCCUGCAAAGCCUCCUGUGUUGGCCGCCUCGCAAUCGGAGCCCUUGCUCCGUAGGCGCCCGGGCCCAGUCCAGACAGACCAGAAGAUCAACGUUCACGUUUACUUCGUCGACUCGCAGGAUGUCAUGACUUUGCGCGUGUCUCCGGAUCUCCGGAUUGGACCUGCGCAGCCGCCAAAGGGGAAUCGCUUCACUGACAU